AUGCGCCCGUCCCAUACCACGCGCGCCCAGAACGACUGCCAUCUGUCGCCCGCAGCAAAGAUGGCCAAAUCGCUGCUCGACCUUCCUCGCGAGCUCCGCGACAUCAUCUACGGGUACACACUCACAGAAGAGGAUGGGCUUCUCGUCCAAGAAUGGCUUACGAUGCAUCCCAAGGCGGCCGGAGCCAAGUACGGGACCGAUGCGAACCAGCUGAAGUUCAUAUGCCGACAACUCUACACCGAAACGACUGGUCUGGGCUUGCGAUACAACAAGGUGACCUUCGGUGGUUCCUGUGGCUUCGAAGCAUUCGAAGGGUUCAUUGGGGUCGACUGUACGCCUGCUCACUUCGGACGAGUGAAAAGCAUAGUCAUUCUUCUUGAGUCAUCUGACAAGCUCCUUCAAGAUGUGAUAGCUGCGGAUGCACUCGGCAAAGCCUACCCGGCCCUUUCUUUUGAGAUGCGCUGUGCAUGGUUGACGGAGCGUACCGAUGCUAACAUAUGGUGUUGGGGUGGCUGUAGCUUUCAAUAUCUAACAAGAGGCACGUUUCCCGAUCUUGCCGCUGUUGGAUUCAAGACUAUGGUCCGACAGAAUAGCGGCACACUUGAUGGGUUUGGAUCAGACUCGAGGAACGUCGAAAUAUUUCCUGCAAGCUUCGACGAAGAAGAACUUAGGUCUGGUGCUAUCGACGGAUACAUAACAGAUGUCAAUGGUUGGGUUGCACAGUUCAAGAAGUGGUUUGAGGAAGGCUUUUGA